CGUGUUGGGGAGGAGUUGAGCUGAGGUGGGGUUCUGAGAGAGGAGCAUUUAGCUCACUUCUCCACCCUGUGAGGUGGGAGUCUUGACUCACCCAGCUGGAUACAUGAGAUAACUGAGCUGCUACUUCAGGAAGCUCUCGUUUACACACUCGAGGAAACAGAAACCUCUGAGGACAAACUGUCAUUAUGCUGGAGGCCAGCUGGCAACUUUCUUCAGGCAAACGAUAAAUUGUCAAGAGUAAAAUUACUCAGAGAGCUUCUGAGGAGAAAAUGAAUGUUUUGUCAAAUGCUGCAAUCCGGGUCCAGGAGCAGUCUCCUCCUCUCUGUGGUCCCGGUUCGGUCCACGACUUACCUCACUGCCCGCCAGGGUUCAGCUUAAACUCCCGCAUCAACCCUGCUCCGAUGCUCAGCCUCCAGAGUGUCCAGAGAUCCACCAAGGUCCAGAAGGAGCUGAGUCCAGAGGAGCAGCAGGACCUGAGGAGGAAGAUCAACAGCAGGGAGAGGAAGAGGAUGCAGGACUUGAACAUUGCCAUGGACGCUCUGAGGGAGGUCAUGGUGCCCUAUGCCUCCUCUCCUUCUUCUGCCUUCCCUCAGUCCCACCAGGCUGGAGCAGCUCCGGGAAGGAGGCUUUCCAAGAUCUCCACCCUCGUUCUGGCCAGAAAUUACAUCCUCCUCCUGGGCUCGUCUCUGCAGGAGAUGCGGCGGCUGCUGGGGGAGGUCAGCGUCGGGAUGGGCGUGAACCCGGGGCCGGUGCCCCGACUGCUGCUUGCAGGAGGGUGGCCCCUCAUGACCGGACCUGGCCAGCUCCUCUUCACACAUGAAUCCCUCAUUUCUUCAGCUGCCUCCUCUUCUUCCUCUCCCUCCACAGCAUCAUCCCCUGUAGCUAAAUGUGCGCUGGUUUCUCCGGGCCCCAUGGUAGCCUCACUUGCUCCAGUGCAGUGGGGCUCUGCAGGGCCCAUGGGGGCCCCCGUCUGCCCCUGUGGAGUGUGCAGACUGCCCAGGUUCUCCCAGUCCAAAGCUCCCAGAUUCCCAAAGUAACAACUCCAAGGUGAUGUUGCAGAAAGAACUUAUGGCUCUUAACUUUUGAUAUGAACUAUUUUUCUAACCUUUAACAUGUUUAUAAUGUUUAACUGAUCUUUAUGUUUUAUUUUAUUAAGGAUUAAGGAACCAUUCUGUCUUUUACUGUCCAUAAAUCUCAUAACACACUCUAGGACUUUUUUUUGUGUGUGUGAAAGUUCAGCCUCGACACUUGGUAGAGCUCAUCUGAAUAGUGAGUGAAUGAGUGAAUUAACUAUGUGUCUGGUUUUGUUGUGACAUCAGGACCAGAUGAGAUUCAGGUUUAGGCUGAGAGUUUAGUUUGUGUUCAACUUUGUAAAUGUGAUGGUUCAGUUCAUUAAAACCAAUGAGUUUUUACACACA